CUUGACCCGACAUUGUAUUAAAAUACAAAGUAAACAAAGCUAUUUGUAGGCUUUACUUGAAAAACUUUUAAAAGAUUUAUUUUAAGCUUCAAUUUAUGAUAUUACUUGCUCAAUAGCUAACGUUACAGCUCAGUAAAUCAGGUCAUUUAUAAAAUAAUAUUAACAGCUUAGGUAUUGCAUUAUAAUACACUAAACCAAGUUAUAAGACUGUGGGGUAAGAUGGGAUACCGAAGCAGCAACCAUUCCCAUAUUUCCAGAGGAUACGGUUACAUUUCUAAUCGCGAGGAUACAGAUACAAAAUUCUUUGAUUAUUCUUUGUUUAUUACCAAUUGAGACUAAAAUAGAAUGAAAACAUGUCCCACAUUACACCAACCUACAAUUAUAUCUUUGUAUGCAAAUAACUUUCAAGGGUCUUAGUUUUGUUUAAAUUUGUGAGCCUGCCUAGCAUUGCAUUGGAAUACAAAAGGAUGGAACCACGGCUCAUAGAGCUAAGAAAUGUGGGCGUGUCCCGCCCCCCAUCCAACCACCACGCAGAAGGGACCGCUACCCUGCUUAUUCCUUCACCCAAAUCUUGUAAACUAAGCGAAUCUUGUAGGAACAGCGGACGAAGUACUCCUGUGUCGUCACAAAACGGCUGCGCCAUCAGUUCUGAAAGAAUCACAAUCAACGUAUCAGGUUUGAAGUACGAAACUCAAGACAAAACGUUGAAAACUUUUCCUGAAACUUUACUCGGCGACCAAAACCAACGAAUACAACAUUUCGAUCCGAUCAGAAACGAAUAUUUUUUCGAUAGAAACCGUCCUUCCUUUGACGCAAUACUUUACUACUACCAGAGCGGAGGGCGUUUAAGACGACCUGUUAACGUCCCCAUCGAUAUUUUUACGGAAGAAAUAAAGUUUUACCAACUCGGCGCAACAGCGUUGGGUAAAUUUAAAGAAGACGAAGGAUACAUCAAGGAAAAGAUUAAACCUCUACCGAAAAGUGAUUUCCAAAAAGAUGUUUGGCUGUUAUUCGAAUAUCCAGAAAGUUCUUCAGCGGCCAGAGUUGUUGCUAUUAUAUCUGUGUCAGUCAUUCUGCUUUCAAUAAUUUCUUUCUGUCUCGAAACAUUGCCUUCGUAUCAACAACCCAUCAGAGUUGGGCCAACCUUUGCACCGAACUUUACAACGACCUUGGGCGCCACCACGCGGUCACAAAAUCCAGCACAUAUGAUAUCCGAUGAGCGCAGGUUCUCGAACCCCUUUUGGAUUAUAGAGACGAUUUGUAUCUGUUGGUUUAGCAUGGAAGUAACUGUACGUUUUCUCUGUAGUCCUGACAAGCUUAGGUUUUGGAAGAACAUAAUGAACAUAAUCGACAUCGUUGCUAUUGCUCCUUACUUUAUAAGUUUGGGGACCGAUCAACAAACGACGAACGAGGACGGCAAAGGAAUGUCCCUCGCUAUACUUCGCGUUAUAAGACUUGUCCGCGUUUUCCGCAUCUUUAAACUCUCGCGUCACUCCAAAGGAUUGCAGAUACUGGGCCAAACCCUCAAAGCGUCCAUGAGAGAACUCGGUCUUCUGAUAUUUUUCCUUUUUAUCGGAGUAGUUCUCUUCUCAUCUGCCGUCUACUUCGCCGAGAUCGACAACCAGAAGUCCGACUUUAAGUCUAUACCUGAAGCUUUUUGGUGGGCGGUGGUUACCAUGACUACGGUUGGUUAUGGCGACAUGAAGCCCAUCACAGUUGCUGGUAAGAUUGUGGGCUCGUUGUGCGCGAUUGUGGGCGUCUUGUUCAUCGCCCUGCCGGUUCCUGUCAUCGUAUCAAACUUCAACUAUUUCUACCACCGUGAAACAGAUACCGAUGAAGCGAACAAACAUACUUACGUUUCUACUUGCCCUUACCUGUCUUCGUGGAAGAAAAAGAAGACAAGAAGAUCCUCGAUCACGUCAAGUAUUUGCAGCAGCAGACGUUCAAUCAACGUGGACGACACAGAAGGCACGGCACCGUCAUCUACGCGCAAUGGAACCGACCGCACAAGGCCGGUAGAGAGCAACUCGGAAUGGAAGGUUCGAGACAAGUUAAACAACAACGUCACAGUUCAAGUCGAAACCGAUGUUUAGAUUUACUUGAAGGAAUAUAAACCUUGGGCUCUAUCGCUGUUUUGCAUUGUGACCAUAUUUGCCAAUUCAUUAAAUACCCGCGACCCCUGGUCACAUAUUGUCCCCUAACCCCGCUUGUUUUGGGGGUGAUAUCUAAAAUACAGAUUGGUACGCAGUAAUCCCCCUUUAACCAUCAAUACGCUCUGUUACGCUUCAGUGACAACGUAUUUCUUUAAAACGCACGUUCAAGCACUUUAUACCAAUCGCACAGAAAGUUUAACACCACAAAAAAUUAACUUCUUACCGGAGCCUAACAGGGUAGAUUGAUUAGUUGUAGUCGGGAAUGUCUGCGUACUAAUCUAUCUUUGACACCCCCUCGCCCUCUGCGUAUUAUUCGUUCGUUCAAGUUUCAUUGCAUCGCAUGACCUCAUAGUGACGUCAUAUUUAUUUUGAAAUUAAUAAAACAAAGAUGUUUCGCGUUUGUCGAUCAACGAAGUGACGUCACGUCUUCAAAUAAACACUGCGCGCAAGAAUAUU